CCAUUGGCGGAACACAGUUAAAUUUCUGGAACUUUGCGACCAAAAAGGCUUAGUAGACCUUCAGCUGCCUGACAGCAUUGGAGCCUGAGUUGCCCGGGCCUCCUUCGCUCGCUCGCUCGUUCUCACCCGGGAUCCCUCCACUCUUCGUACUCUCCAACUUUCCACUCCAGCAACAACAACAACUACUGACUAUUCACGACUCAGACAUUCACUUGUCUUUCUGUCCGUUCUGUUUGUACACAACAGGACCACUCCUCACAUUCCCUUCCUCCCCUUUCCGAUGUUCUGCAAACACGAAUCAUAAUCAUUCGUCAUAAAAUUCUCCCUUCCCGUGGAAACGUUUGCUCACCAUCCUGGUCCUGGCCCGUCGUUCCGCAGACUGAGGUCUUCCUUCCGUUUGGGGGCGACGACGCUCUCCCAAUCCUCGAGAAGGAAUCCGCAGUCAGGUCCGUGGGGAAUUUAAUAUGUCCGACUUUAUCCAGGUCGCGGGUUGGACACAACACAGUCGCCCAUCUUCCCGGAAUUCCGUACAACACCUGCGCUCCCUCUCGUCGUCGAGCACGUCCAAGAACAUUCCGAAGCCCACGAGGCCCGUGUCGAAAUCCAUCUCCUCAUCCGCUCUCCACACAAUGGCUACCGUCUCGACCUCGCAUGCGGUGCCAUCACCGAGAGUGCUGAGUCCGUCUGUCGACGAGGAAGGGAAUUUGAGCACACUACCCGAUCCUCGAAGUCGGGCUAUGUCUCCUGCGAAUGAUAAUCUACCCAGCCCUUCUCACCAUCCUGACCUCAGCAAUGAGGUAGCAACACUCAGUACCAAGCUCAUCAAUGCAAUCAACCAUCAAACAAAUCUCGACGAUUCCUUAACAGCAACCCGACAUGAUUUGGAGACAGCUCGGGAACGGAUCGCACAGCUGGAGCAACAGAACAAAGAGCAUACGGAUCUCGUAGUGCAAGGUGUUCUAGUGAAAAAGACGGCCUUCGACUUGGAGAAGGCCAAGCUAGUUGCUGCUUUGGCGGAAGAAAAGAGGCAGAGGGGUAUCGCUGAACAGGAGAAGAAGAAGAUGGAGCAAGACCUCGAAAAUCUGUCAAUUUCGUUGUUCGAGGAAGCAAACAAGAUGGUCAUCCAAGGCCGGGAAGAAGCCCAACAAGCCGAGGAAGCCUCGCAAAAGCGGAUCGACCAGCUGAAAGCACAGCUAGCCGAUACUGAAGGACUCCUCAAAUCACAACAGGAACAGCUCAGUGAGUUGAAACAUGUGAUGGAGCAAUUGACGGAGGAGCGAGACGAUCAGACAAAUCAAACAGCACCAUCCACUCCAGGACUGAGCAAAUUUGAUAGUAAGGACGACCUCCGUGAUCCAGACUCUGCAAAUUCUAUGCACGAACCUAUCUCGCCAUCUUAUCCUACGAGCUUUACACACCUCCUUCAGCCAGUCCUCCGGACUGAUCUCUCGGCGUACGAAGAUUUCACCUCGUUACUGAAAAUGUCGAAAAAUGUUCCAUCCGCCAGCAGAGUUUCCAGUGGUUCUUAUAGCCACAUUGGGCUGGGGCUAGGCCUAGGAGCCUACCAAUCAUCAGCACAUCCCUCAAACGGAUCUACGACUUCCUUAUCCACAUCUGGAACGGCUGGAUCUUCUCCUACGACACCCGCAUCGACUGCUAGUAAUGGGUCAACUAAUGGACCUAACUCAUUGACGCCUUUGAAGGAUACCAAAUUCUACAAACGAGCGCUAGCUGAAGAUAUAGAACCAACCCUGCGACUGGACGCGGCACCUGGUUUAUCAUGGCUAGCUCGACGAACAGUGUUGAACGCAGUUUGCGAUGGGAACCUUGUCGUGGAACCUCUUCCUUCCUCUCUAAAGCAACACAAUUUUCCCUGCGCUCUAUGCGGAGAGAACCGAAAAGAUGUUGCACACACUCGCAGUCACCGGUUCAGAACGAGUGAGAAUGAGAAUGCUCAGAGAUAUCCUCUCUGUAGAUAUUGCCAUGGCCGUGUUCGUUCAACUUGCGACCUUCUUGGCUUCUUACGGAUUUUGAAGGAUGGUCAUUGGAGAGCCGAUAACGAGGAAUCAGAACGAGCAGCCUGGGAGGAAAGCGUGCGACUGAGGGAGCAAAUGUUCUGGUGCCGUAUGGGUGGAGGAGUCGUCCCUACUCAACAUGUUCACGGCGAUCCACGAAGUCCUCGAAUUAGCGAGGAACGCAAGGAGGAGGAGAGAAAGAUCAGUGAGGAGGUCGAACGGACAGGAGAAAUCCAGCCCAAGGACAUCACUCCUGGCCCCGGAACAGGAACUCUCCCCGAAAACUCGCACAGUGCGUUCGUCGUUGAAGGGGUGGCUACUCCAAGUCCAGUCUCAAGCCCUUUGAGAGAAGUAGAAUCGGUCGAUGACCAGGUUGAUGAUGCUGCAACAGAAGCUGGCGAGGCUCACGAUAAGUCAAGAGACUCUACCCCGUCUGCAACACCAUCGAAGGCAGAUUCUCCUAGUGAAGGCGAGAAAGAAGGAGCGCAGAGGCUCUCCAUCACUAUUCCAGGGUCAUUCGACUAAGUACCGAGCGUUAGCUUCUGGCUCUUUUAUUGUAUAUUUUAUGGGUGGGAAAGAGAAAACGGAAAAGUGGAUGGUGUUUGGGAUUUGUUUACUUUGACUGGCGUGUCAGAUUCGUGAGCAGGGCGUUCCGGUAUUGGGUUCACAUUACUUAACUGAACAUAAUUAGUGGGCCAAGAAGAUUGGGCUGGAUUGCGCAAGCACAACGAUAGAUCACAGGAUUAUAGCUUAGGAGACAGCAACGAGUGACGAGAUAAUGGAUUUUUCUAAUGUCUUUCCAUACAUGCUUUCCAUUAAUCUGGACUUGGAGGUCAUACAAGUACACUAUAUAGAAUGUGAAUAACAUUACUGUACAUCGAAACUUAAUAAUGG